CGUUACAAAUCUUGAUAUAUAUGUAACUGCAUGCACAUGCGUGAACGGUUACAUUUUUAUAAAUUCAGAAAUACAUUAACAGUUCAGGUUAAACUUUUUAAAGUAGAAAUGGUUUCAAUUGGUCGUGGUCGUGGUUGGGCUCAAAAUGAUGGACAUUUAUUAUCAAAACCAGGAAAAUCAUUAUAUUCUGAUGAUAUGACUUAUGUAAAUCUUGUUAGUCUCAUUAAUCUUGUUAACAGCGAAAACGUAGCACAAAAAACUGAAGAUGUUGUGAAAUUGAUUAAUGAGAAAGUAAACAAGGAAAACUUGAAAGAAAUACACGACAAACUUUACUCAUAUGCUUUAAAUAAUAGAGAUUUUGGGCUGAAAUUACUAAUGGUAUAUAAUUACCCUACAAUUAAAAACAUAUGUGAUUCUGAAGGUACAAGUCUAUAUAAGCACUUAGUAAAACGAUUUCAAAUUGAUUAUGAAAAAAGAAGAGAUCUAAGGCAAAAAAAUGCAGUUCAAUUUCAUAAUGCUGUUGUCUUAUUUUCUAAAUAUUUAAGUUAUAUUGUACAUUCAUCAUGCAAGUUCCUCGCAUUACAAUCUGCAUUAAUGGAUUAUAUGGAAAUGUUGUUAGAAACAGGUUCUCCAGAAGAUAUUCAAGUUUUUACAGAACAACUUAUUGUACAUGGAAACAACUUACAUAGUAGUUAUAAGGAAAAAUUAGAAGAUUUAAUGAUCACUGCAAGACAAAUGUUGAUUAAAGAAAAUCUUUCUUUUAUAUCUCGUCAAUUUUUAUUGUAUGCAAUAGAUUUAGAAAGUAAAAAUUUUAAUCCAUUGCCUAAAUAUUUACAGAAAUUUUAUAAAUUGCAAUUCAGUAAAAAUUUUAAAGAAGAGGACAAUGAUAUCGUUAAUUCUUUAUCAAAUAUAAAUAUAGAAGAUGAGCACCUUUCUUCAACGAAUGAACCUAAUGAUCAGAAAUAUCAGUCUACAUGUGCAAAUAGUCGAGGUUUAAGAGCAAUUCGAGGUUUGGGAGCGGCAGAUGUCCCAAAAUAAAAAUUAAUCCUAUUAUGUAUAUGUAAACAGAAUACUAAUAUAAAAAUUAACAAAUACAAAUGGAAACAGGUGUUUGCUGAUGACGACUGUACAUAUUUUAUAAAUAACAAAUUAAAUUAAACAAUUUAGAGUA